AUGAUGGUGCAAGCAGUACAUGAUCUACCUCAACUAUACCAGAAACCGUCGGCAUCUGCCCUGCUUGAUGCAUUAGCUCUCUUAUCCCUGCAGCCAUCUGCGUUCGUCAUGAGGAACGGCUCCUCUCAGUCUCAAAUUGCUGAACAAGGCAUCCCACGGUACCUGACUUCGAUCGUCGCGUCAAGCUUGGCUUGGAUAGACGAUGAUGAUGUCAAGGAAUCCAUUUGGUCUGCUGCAAGCACGAGAUUGAGUGAACGCUCCGGAAGAAAUGCAAUGCCAGACCUGACUCGAACCUUUGCUGUUGGUGACGGCCUCUCCUUCCAUCUGCGUGAACCUUCCCUUACAGGAGACAACUUGGGCCUCAAAACGUGGACAUCGUCUCUUCUCCUUUCCCAACGGCUACCUGAUCUUCGUAAGUAUAUCGAGAAUGGCUGUCCGAGUGUUCUAGAACUGGGUUCUGGAACAGGGCUUGUUGGCAUGGCAGCGGCCUGUGCUUGGAAUGUGUCUGUGCUGCUCACUGACCUACCGGAAAUUGUACCAAACCUCCAACACAACCUUGAACGGAAUAAAGACAUGAUCGAAGAGAAUCACGGUAGCGUCGCAGCCCGCCGGCUGGAUUGGGACGAUGAAGCCGACCUCCCUAGAGAUGACCAGGAGAAAUUCAUGGUAAUUCUUGCUGCUGAUCCUAUCUACUCAAAUGACCAUCCUCAAAUGCUUGCUCGUACAGUCCGUCGUUGGAUUCAUCCAGACGCGGGUGCCAGAUUCAUCGUCGAGCUGCCCCUGCGAGAUCGUUAUGAUGAAGAGAGGCAGUCGUUGAGGGACAAUCUACGAAAAGAAGGUUUCGACAUGAUUGCCGAGGGACAUGAUGUUGGACAUGAUGAUUGGCAUGGUCGAGAUGGUUUACUGGCUGAAGUUCACUGCUGGUGGAGUGUCUGGCAACUUGUCUCCAAACCCACAUAG